CGGGACUCUCAGAGCAGAUUUUGGGACCCGUGGGACCCCUCUGAGUGUUUUGGAUCUCACCUGGACCAGGUCCAGGAUCCCCCUGAGGAUUUUGGGAACCCCAGGACCCCUCUAAGGGAUUGGGGUCACACCUGGGCCAGGUGAGAUGUCGGACCCCGCCCCCGAGGACACCCCAGGUGCCCCCCGGGACCCUCCGGGGCCGCUGGCGCUGCUCAAGGCGCGCGCCCUCGACGUCACCUUCGAGGUGGGCGACGAGUACGAGAUCAUCGAGACCAUCGGCACCGGAGCCUACGGCGUGGUCAGCUCGGCACGGAGACGGGACACAGGCCAGCAGGUGGCCAUCAAGAAGAUCCCGAACGCCUUCGACGUGGUGACCAACGCCAAGCGGACGCUGCGGGAGCUGAAGAUCCUCAAACACUUCAAGCACGACAACAUCAUCGGCAUCAAGGACAUCCUGCGGCCCACGGGGCCGUACGGCGAGUUCCGCUCUGUGUACGUCGUGCUGGACCUGAUGGAGAGCGACCUCCACCAAAUCAUCCACUCGGCACAACCGCUGACGCUGGAGCACGUCCGCUACUUCCUCUACCAACUCCUCCGCGGCCUCAAAUACAUCCACUCGGCCAACGUCCUCCACCGCGACCUCAAACCCAGCAACCUCUUGGUCAACGAGAACUGCGAGCUCAAAAUCGGCGAUUUCGGCAUGGCGCGCGGCCUGGGCGCCGACCCGCGCCAGGCCAAGGCGUUCCUCACCGAAUACGUCGCCACGCGCUGGUACCGCGCGCCGGAGCUGCUGCUGUCGCUCCACCGCUACACGCGCGCCAUCGACAUGUGGUCGGUCGGGUGCAUCUUUGCCGAAAUGCUCGGUCGGCGACAGCUCUUCCCCGGCCGGAAUUACGUUCACCAGCUCCAGCUGAUCAUGGCGGUGUUGGGAACGCCGCCGGCCGGCGUCAUGGCGGCCAUCGGUGCCGAACGCGUCCGAGCUUACGUGCAGAGUUUGCCGCCGCGCCCGCCGGUGCCUUGGGAGAGUCUUUUCGGCAGCGCCGAGCCGGCGGCGCUGGCGUUGUUGGGGAGGAUGUUGCGUUUUGAUCCUCGGGAGAGAGUGGGCGUGGCCGAGGCGUUGCGGCACCCGUUUUUGGCGAAGUACCACGACCCCGAGGACGAGCCCGAGUGCGUGCCGGCGUUCGACUUCGCUUUCGACCGGCAGGCGCUCACCAAGGAGGAGAUCAAGGCGGCCAUUGUGGCCGAGAUCGCCGAUUUCCACGCGCGCCGAGAUGGGAUCCGGCGGCAGAUCGCGCCGGCGCCGUCCGGAGGGGGCGGGGCGGCCGGCGGCGCCGGCGGCAGCGACGUCGCCAUGGUGAGCGCCGGCGGCGCGGCUAACAAGGCCGACAGGGGCGUCAACAUGGCCGACGUCGGCAUGGCCGACGGGGGCGUCAAAAUGGCCGACGUCGGCGUGGCCAAGGGGGGCGUAAACAUGGCCAACGUCAAUGUCAACGUGACUGACGUCAACAUGGCCAACGGGGGCGUCAACAUGGCCAACAUCAACGUGGCUGACGUCAACAUGGCCAACGAGGGCGUCACCAUGGCCAGCAGGGGUAUCAACAUGGCCAACGUCAACGUCAACAUGGCCAACGUCAACAUGGCCAAUGGCGGUGUCCACGUGGCCAACGCCAACCUCAGUGUGGCCAACGCCGCCAUGGCCACGGUCACCAACGGCCCGGCGUGGCCACCCUGCGCCGACGUGGACAUGCCCAGCCCCGGCCCCGCCCCCGACUGCCCCAUGGACUCGCCGCGGGUGAAGGCGGAGCCAGGAGCGCCGGCGGCCCCCAAGAGGGACGGCGCCAUCUCGGACGACACCAAGGCCGCGCUGAAGGCGGCGUUGCUCAAGUCGGCCAUGAGGAACAAGAGUAAAGACCCGCCUUGCGCCGCUCCCGAAGCUCCCGAGGGCCGCAAACCGGUGACGGCGGCCGAGCGCCAGCGCGAGCGGGAGGAGAAACGCCGGCGCCGCCAGGAACGCGCCAAAGAGCGCGAGAAGAAACAACGGGAGCGCGAACGCCGCGAACCCCGCGCCAGGGGGGAGGGGCUGCACGGCCUGGUCCUCACCGACGACGACCGGCACCUCCUGGAGCGCUGGACCAAGAUGGCCGACGGCGCCCCGCCCCGCCAGCCGGCCCAGCCCCGCCCCCAGGCCCCUCCCCCACCUCCGUGCCCCGCCCCUCCCCCUCCCGCCGAAACCUGGCCGGGCCCCGAGGCGUGGCCGGAGCCUCCGGCUGCUCCCGGCGCCGCCGAUGCCGACGUGGCCACGGUGACGCAGCAGCUGCAGAAGUCGCAGGUGGAGGAUCCGCUGCCGCCCGUUUUCCCGGUGACGCCCAAGGGCAGCGGCGCCGGGUACGGUGUCGGCUUCGACCUGGAGGAGUUCCUGAGCCAAUCGCUGGACAUGGUGGGGGAAACCAAGGACAGCCAGGCCGACUCGGCGCCGCUCUCGGCGUCGCUCUUGGCCGAUUGGCUCGAGGUUCACCGCCUCAGCCCCGCCGCCCUCGAGAGCCUCCAGCGCGACCUCCAGCUCGGCUCCCCCAUGCUCCUCGCCGACGACCUCCCCGACCCCUGACCCGCCCCGGAGCCCCUCCCCCCACCGCUCAGCCCCUCCCCUCCUUGUCUCAGCCCCGCCCCCGGUGCCUUGGCCCCGCCCCCCAUUAAAAUUUGUACUGA